AUGGUCCGUAAGAACAGUGGCGCCCGCCAGAGACGCGCCGUCAGUGCGUUAGUGCGUGCGGAAGAUGCAGCAGAGGAAGAGAUCCUCGAGACGCCGGCGCUUAGCUCCGUUGCGGUCGUGGAGAGUGCCCACGAGAGCGAGAGCGACGACGAGAACGUCGAAGCUGAAGCUGCCAUUGAGCGUCAGCUUGUGGCCGAAGCUCAAUUGCAGGCAGACGCAGCGAGGAACAAGAGUAGUAAAACGGUGCAGGAGAGCAAGCGCGUGUACAAUACCGAAGCGCUGCUGUCGCUGGUGCAGGAGUGGGACGUCAAGCAGCUGCCGUGGAUCGAGACGCUGGAUACGUGUACAGCGCCUUUGGAGCUCGAGAACGUGCACGACGAUCUGAAGCGGGAAGUCGCAUUUUACAACAACACGAUUGCUAUGGUGCGGGUGGCCAAGGACCGACUGAAGCAGGAUGGCGUGGCUUACAAGCGAGCGGACGACUAUUUUGCCGAGAUGCUCAAGAGCGACGCGCACAUGGCCAAAGUCAAGGACAAGCUCAUUUAUGAGCAGAAGAAGAUUACGGCAGUUGAAGAGCGCAAGAAAUCACAGGCGCAUCGAAAGGUUGCGAAAGAGGUGCAGGCUGAGAAGAUCAAGGAACGGAACCAGCAGAAAAAGGAGACACUGGAGGCCGUGAAACUGUGGAAAAAGAGGAAGGGAAACAACACACGCAGCGACCUCAAGGAUGGUGACGAUGGAGAGCUCGACUCGAUUAUUGCGAGUGGCAAGCGAAAGCACACGGAUGGAGACCGUGACCAGAAGAGCAAAAAGCAGCGGACCAACAAGACUCGAGAAGCCAAAGACGCAAAGUUUGGCUUUGGUGGCAAACGUCGCUAUGCCAAGAGUAACACAAAGGAGAGCACGAACGAUAUCCCGGGCUUCUCAGGUGCGCGGAAGGGCAAGGCCAAGGGUCCGGUGGCGCCAAAAGGAGGCAACCGUGCUGGCAAAACUCAACGCACGAAUCAGCGUACGAAGCGUCGACGAUGA